AGCAGGGAAGAAGUGUAGGAGGCGGAGCUGCUACACUAAGAGAGUUCUGUGGCCAAGCUAAUAGGCAGGAACACGCUCCUACACUAAGAGAGCUCCAGCUAAUAGGCAGGAACACCAAUUAGGGCCAGAGCCGCCCUUUUUUCUAGUGGAGCUUCACUUGGCCUGAGUCCCUGCGGAUUGGACUUCCAUAGAUUUGAAACUUCCUCUGGGUACCACAAGCAUCAGGCCUGUGAUUAAGAGCAGAGAGCGGCCAACUAUUGUAACUCUUAUUCCCAAGGCCCCGUGGGUCCUAUAUGUGCCCUGCAACUUGGGGAAAAUGGAGGUGGGGUUGUGGUCUCUAUGCUGUAGCAGCCGGAAAGCCAAAAACAAGCCGUACCUCUCGCUCUUGACAGGAUCCCAAGGUUUUCAGUGGUGGUGUCACUGCUGCCAAGCUGGACCGAAAACGGCCAUCUGCAUGCUGCCCAACCAGCACCAUGUCCAAAGACCUGAAAAUUCUAUGUAAAGACCCUGCUUUGGAGCUGAGCUGCUACCGGGACCAUCAGUUCAGUGGCCGUAAAUUUCAGCAGGAAAAAUUACUGAAGGAAAGCUCCACAUUGAAUAUGGGGAAUCUUUCCUUUUAUACAACCGAAGAGAAAAUACAUGAACUCUUUAGUAGAUCUGAUAUCAGGAAUAUCUUUAUGGGCCUGGAUAAAAUAAAGAAAACAGCAUGUGGUUUUUGCUUUGUAGAAUGCCGUAACAGAGCUGAUGCCGAAAAUGCCAUGCGGUUUCUAACUGGGACCUGCCUAGAUGAAUGGAUUAUCCGCACUGAUUGGGAUGUAGGUUUUAGAGAGGGUCAACAGUAUGGUCGCGGUAAAUCUGGGGGUCAGGUAAGGGAGUUUCGUGAAGAUUUUCAUUCUGGUAGAGGAGGCUUUGGAAGACAGACUCAGAUCUAGAACAAUCCAUAGAGAAAAAGUUUUAACUCUAACCCCUUGAAAAGUGUGUUAUAGACCAACCUCAAGUCUGCA